AUGGGACCUUUUCAACCCGACGCCGGCACAAGGGACAAGUGUUUCCGCCACGAGGUGGUCAGUGACCCCAGCCCUCCUGCCCGAGCUGCCCAGAGCCCCUGUGUGGCCCCGAUCCCGGAAGCCGCUUUCACAGGCGCCGGCUACCAGACACCGUGGGGCAAUAAUCACGAGGGAAUUGCCCUCGUGGCCACUCGAAGCCCCGCCAGCCCGCCCCGCCGCCCGAGGACCCACCUGGCCGCCGCGCCUCUCGCCGCCGCGCGCUUCGCAGUGGACACGCCCCGCGGAGGGACUCGGCGGAGCACACGCCCCACCCCGGCCUCACCCGAGAACGACGGAUCUACUUCUCUUAAAGGGCCAGGCUUCUCCAGGAAGCGAGGGCCGCCCACCUCGCCGGGCUCUCUCGCGUUCUCCUUCUACCGCCAUCACGUGAACCUCAAGUCCUGGUGGGUGGGCGACAUCCCCGUGUCGGGCGCGCUGCUCACCGACUGGAGCCAGGACACUAUGAAAGAGCUGCAUCUGGCCAUCCCCGCGGAAAUCACCCAGGAGAAGCUCGAGGAGGUGGCCAACACAGUGUAUCAGAGGAUGGAUCAGCUGUACCAGGGGAGGAUGUAUUUCCCGGGGUACUUCCCCAAUGAGCUCCGAGCCAUCUUCCGGGACCAAGUGCACCUCAUCCAGAACGCCAUCAUUGAGAGCCGCAUCGACUGCCAGCGACACUGCGGUAUCUUCCGGUAUGAGACCAUCUCCUGCAACAACUGCACCAACUCACAUGUGGUCUGCUUCGGCUACAACUGCGAAUCGUCGGCGCAGUGGGAGCAAGCUGUGCAGGGCCUCCUUGGGUACAUAAGUACGUGGCACAAACAGGACACCAACCACAGACCCACCCCAGCUUUCUUGAUCUCACCGAGCUUCACGUGUCUGGAGCCACCACACCUGGCAAACCUGACGCUGGAGAAUGCCUCCGAGUGUCUGACCCAGCACUGACCGCAUGGCUCCCAGGGGCAGGGUGGGGCUCAGCAAGUCGGUCGGCUGGCUGGCCGGCCAGACCCUGGUGGAGCAGGCUCCUGGAUGCCCCAGGGUCCCCAUGCAACCUGGCUGGCACUUGGGCCAGGAGGUGGCUUUUGUAUAUAAUAGUAUUGGCUCCCCAGGAUCCCAGCGCUGUGCUGGGUGAUUAAACUGCCCUGUAUUUCUGUCGAGA